AUGGGAAUUGUUGUUAGUUAUGUUAGGUGGAUAUAUCAUGGUGAGUCAUAUGAUGUGUCCGAUGAUGAUAUAUCAGUUGAUGAAGUUGAUGGGGCUAGUGAUGACUUAAAUGAUGAUGACCUUGAUGAGAUGUUAAAUAACAUAGGUCAAUGUAAGUGGUGUGAUAAAUUGCAAGCUACUGGACGACCCCUGGAAGGAAAAAACAUAGAAAUUUCUUUGCCAAAAAACUCACAAGAAAGCAAAGGACAUGCCAAGAGACAAGUUAUUCCGCCUACUGGCAACAUACGUGAUCAAAAUAGGUUUGCAAAGGAUAUUGGAUGUGUAGAUAAAGAUAUGGGAGGUCAACAUGAGGCAUCUUCCCUUCGUGAUGAAGAAGGUUAGAAGAAAUGUUACUUAAAGCAAAGGGCAUGGGUUGAGGCUGAAAAAGCUUAUUCAAGCCCACUAGAGGAUAAUCCACUUAAUCAUAUUGUAGAUUGACUUGGGGGGAUUGCUUAUAGAGGCUGCAAACAGAUGAGACAGUUAUUGCAGAAAAAAAAACGUCUUGAAGCAAAUCAUGUUGUUUGAAUAACCCGAAGAGUUGAAUCUUUUUUUUUCGUUUUCUGUUUAUGUAAUUUGCUGGAAAGUUGUGUUAAGGUUUUAUUGAGGGCAUGAUGUAAGUUUGCAUGAUAAUUGACACAAUGCCAAAGGGAAAAUAAUUACCCCCAACCUUUCGUUUUUAUAAUUUGAGGACAAGUUUUAU